GCUUUGUCGCUUUGUAGGGAAAUGUAAGCUAAAGAAUUCAGUUUAACUGGCAAAUUAGUUUCACACACUUGCAAAGCGCAUUCAGUUGUAUCUCUUUCUUUUUCCUUGUUCAACACUUGGCUAGGAGGGGUGCAAACAUUGAGUGUGUGGGCACUUCAGUGCGGUGACUUCCUACUACCGCUUUCUCACACAUUAACAUGCACACACACACACAAACAUACUGACAGUGAGACUCGUAGAUCAAGUGCACAAGGAGCUGCAGCACUAAACGCGUCCACGUCCCGGUGACAAGAUGACGGGGGGCUUCAUUUACACGUGUGCCUUCUUUUUGUGCAUGAACCUGAACUGUGCUGAGGCCUCGAACCACGCAGCCAUCUGCUACACCCUGGACGGGAUCCUCUUUUUGUACGGCAUCAUCCUCACCGUGCUGUACUGCAGACUGAAGAUAAGCACAAGGAACAGUGCAUUGUCUCAGAAGAAAGACCAAGGCGAGGGCAUCUACACUGGAUUAACCCCUCAUGCCCAAGACACCUAUGACACGAUCAGUAAGCAAAGAAACUGAUGAUGAGGAGGGUGAGAUGCAGAACAGCAAAACAGACUGCUCUGGAGGGUCAGAAAUAUAAGCCGGAUGUCCCUGCUCCGCAAGAGAGCGUGCCGCACAUGGCAGCAUGAAACAUCUCGUUACUUCCCACGUGGUUCUUUGCAGUGAACUCGCAUGAAAUUAAGCAUUCGUCAGUUGUAAAAUGAGUUUUACCAUAAUGCACCACAGAGAAAAUGCCCUAGACAUAGGGUCAACAGUGGUCCUUUCUGUCUCAUAACACAAUAUUUUAUUUUUCCCUAACAGUGUACUGUUUUAACAGAAAAAAAUACGUUUAUAUGCUUUUAAUGUCAUUUUAAGUAGAGUAUAAAAGUGCGCGUGUGCUCCAAGUUCUCAUUUUGGUGAUUUUUUUUUUGGGGCCGAGUUUCCGUUCUUUGGCACCAUGGCAACUAACCCCUCCUUUCAACCACAAAACUCAAGUCCAUUUCCUCUUUCGCUUGACCACACAUACGGUCUGCUUGUGUGACUAGAUACAUACAACGAUUUUUUUCUGUGCGUUGACAUUAUUAAGCAUAUUCUAUCUAAGGGUGUGAGAUUAUUCGCAAAGGAGGAAGUGACUGUUUCGAAGUGCGUCAAAGAAUGUAAGACUUAACGUGUAAGCGUCGUGCCUGCUUUCCCCUCGCACCAGGGAUCUGUUUAUUUGAUCAGAAAAACCGAAAACCGGACCUCUUUGCAUCUUGUCCUAUGUACAUAUAUUUAGAAAUGUAACACCUACAUAACAAAUUACCAAGCAGUUUCCACAGUCUUUACAGUGUUGCUGUUAUGCACAUGAAUCAUUUUGUUGACACUGUUCAUGGUAAAAUACUCUCGCAACGGUUUGUACACCGGGAUGCCUGCUGAGACUUGAAUCUGAAGCAUUUGGCCACAAAUCCAGUUUAUUAAGCACUGGCAACUCGAUCUCCAGCGCUGAACUCUGGAAUGUAAAUGACAGAUAUGAUGGUGAAUACACUGACUCAGCAGUGUGUGUCUUCCAUAACUGUCAAACUAACUUUCUAAAAUAAUGCCUUUGUAAUACUUUUACCUGGACUUUUAAUUCUGAUGCAUAUUUUGGAAUAAAAGAACAACAGAAGGUAUUUUGACCUUAAAGUUCAGUUCAUGAGCAAGCAGAAGGUACACCUUGAAUUCAGUUUAGAAGCUAUGCCCUGAAAAUUUUUUAAAGAAUUAACUAAAGGUGAUAGCGGUAGCAAAACAACUACACUUUGCCCAAG